AACUUCCGGGGUGGGGCCCGUCCAUAGCUUCCCUAUGGCUAAUGUGGGCUUUCAGCACAGCUAGGAUCGGCAGUCCUUUGGCCGCUACUUCCGUUACUUUAAGACGGUGCUUGAGGUUGGGGGUGGCCAUGGCCAAGAGCAAGUUUGAGUACGUGCGGGAUUUUGAGGUUGACGACACAUGCCUGCCGCACUGCUGGGUUGUGGUGCGUCUGGACGGCCGGAAUUUUCACCGGUUUGCUGAGAAGCACAACUUUGCUAAACCUAAUGACAGUCGAGCUCUCCUCCUGAUGACCAAAUGUGCCCAGACAGUAAUGCAGGAGCUGGAGGACAUUGUGAUUGCGUAUGGACAGAGCGAUGAGUACAGCUUUGUGUUCAGGAAGAGGAGCAAUUGGUUCAAAAGAAGAGCCAGUAAGUUCAUGACUCUCGUGGCCUCCCAGUUCGCCUCCAGUUACGUGUUUUACUGGCGUGAUUACUUUGAGGACCAGCCCCUUCUGUAUCCCCCAGGAUUUGAUGGAAGAGUCGUGUUGUAUCCUAGCAACCAGACUUUGAAGGACUACCUCAGCUGGCGGCAGGCAGACUGUCACAUCAAUAAUCUUUAUAAUACAGUUUUCUGGGCCCUUAUCCAGCAGUCUGGACUAACACCAGUGCAGGCCCAGCAGAGACUAAAGGGAACUCUGACAGCAGACAAGAAUGAGAUUCUGUUCUCCGAGUUCCACAUCAACUACAACAACGAACCACACAUGUACAGGAAAGGGACAGUGUUGGUGUGGCAAAAGGUGAAUGAAGUCAGGACACAAGAAAUUAGGCUGCCAGCAGAAAUGGAAGGGGAAAAGAUGGCCGUGACUCGGACCAGAACCAAGCUGGUGGCUUUGAACUGUGAUCUCAUUGGGGACGCCUUCUGGAAGGAACACCCAGAGAUUCUGGAGGGAGAGGACUGAUCUUGCGCGGUGCAGUUCUGGCAUACUUAAUCACGCAGGGCUACCCGAGUCUCCCCAACCUCAGGUGGCCCGAGCAUCCCUGGCCCCAAGAACGCUGUCAGGAGGACUGGGGUUGGGUGGAGACAGACGAAGGAGGGAUGUGUGGGGGCGGUGUAUCUUGUUCUGCUUAAGCAGAAUACCUUUAAAAAAAAAAACCAUGUUAGAACAUGACUUCUUUGGCUCUUUUCAAAAUCGUGGUCCUAUUUUUAUAAAGGAACUAUUCAUACUUUGCUGGAAGAGUCAUUUUUAGCUGUGGCAUAAGCCUUACAAAAACCUGUCACCUCUUUCCACCUCUGAUAGAAGAGAAGCCCAAACUUUACCCUCACCCACUUAACUAGAGAAUGCAGUGACUGAAAAGCCCCGCUUUUGACACCCAAGUGCUUGCACUUAUCUUUUGGCAUGCAGUUAAAUAUGGGUUGCUGCCUGCACGAUGCCUCCAGAUUGAGAAAUCCCAGGGAACACUCGAGGCCCCGUGCCAGUUCCCAGGAUGGCAGCUUCGACCGAACUGAGCUCAGGAGGGAUGGUUUGGGUACCCUGUACCAUUCCAGGAUCGAUUUUUCUGGGAUUGUUACCAUAAUCAUUGUCCUCUCUUACCGGGAACCUAGUUUGCAAUCGCUUAACUCUUUUCAAGAAAAGGUAUUCUAGGGAGGUACGUGUGUAUACAUCCGAGAGGGAAAUGUGUUUGUGUGAAUGAGGAUGGGGAAGCAGCUGCUCCAUAUAUCCUGGAAGAACAGCAGUAGCAAAGCUGACUUUGGGUUAGCCUUCUGGACAAGCAUUUUCAAAUAGCCUCAAUGCUGUCAGAGCUGUACCAUUUGAACUCAGGGGCACCCUGAGGCCUGAUAACUGUGGUAUGGCCUAAUCCUAGAACUUGGAGGUUGAGGCAGGAAGAUCAAAUAUUUGAAGCCAAACUGCAAGACGUGGCAAGGCUCUCAAAAGGGGUAGAGUUGGGGGUCGGAGUCACUGGUGAUAGCAGAGGUUUUAAAAUAGCUCCUCCCACCGAUGGCAGGAUGGGAACUGGCAAGGGGCAGAGAUAGGGAUGGAAAUCAUUUGUUCCCAAGGUGCUGGAUUCAAUGUGGAAAUCACGUUUCCCCUUGACCCUGUUUUAUAUCUCAGAGGGAAAAGUUUAUUUGGCUCCAUUAGGAAUUAAUUAAAAGACAGCCCAUGUCCUGCUGCCUGGUCUUGCAUUUGCAGGAUUUUCAGCCAAGAAGAAAAUGUAUUUUUGAAAGAGCAGCGUCUGGCCUCAUCCCUCACUAAUUGACACCCCAUCUGCCGAUGCCGUUUUUUCCUUCCUGUUCUCCCCACUCCCCAGGAAGAAGCAAUACAGCUCAUGUUUGGUAACUGCUAAAAUAUUUUUAAGAGGAAAAAAAAAAAGGUAUAAUAAAGACUUCAGCUCCUUGGCCUACUUCA